AUGACAAGUCGUGAGCGAGAUAUUGGGCGCCACCAUCCUUCGGGUAGUGCUAAACGGAAAGCUAAAGAAGAAAAAUUAAAAAAGGAAUUAAUGACUGUGUCAAAAAUUCCGAAGUUGACUACUUUUUUCCAAAAGCAGUACAGCGAUACGCCUGAUUCUUUAAGUAGAUCUCCCUCUGUCUCCGCAUCAGCUAUUGAAAUUUCAGUUAAGGCUAAGAGGAGCACGACUCUUGAAGUUAAUCUUUCAGAAGUAAAAAAUUUAGAACAAACAGACACACUGGUACCGGGUUCAGCAGAAGAGAAAGAUAUGGCAAUAACAACUGCAUCAAAAGAUGUGGAUUACGAGAUUGUAAAUAAUAAAAUAUUUUCUACUAAUCUAGGAAAGUGGCCUUCGAAAUUAGACAAAUCUGCAAAAGAAUAUUGGAUUGCAAAAGGAAGCCAGGACUGUCGAAAUGUUAAUUAUGAUUUCACUUUUUCAAAAAGGUACUAUAAAAGUGAAAAUAAAACGAGGUUUUGUCAGAUGUCUUAUUUUACCAGGAUCCACAAACUUACAAAUGCUAAACAAGAAAGGAGUUGGCUGUGCUAUUCACCAAGCCAAGGCUGCCUAUUUUGUUUUCCGUGCAAAGUUAUGAACCUUGAAUCACCAUGUAAAUUUGCUGAAGAAGGUUUUGACGACUGGAAGAAUGCCAACAUUGGAUUAUCUCGACAUGAAGAAAGUAUUUUGCACAAAAAAGCCAUUGUAACCUUGUUAACUCGAAAGAAAAAGGGUGAGCGUGUUGAUUCGGCACUUGUCAAUCAAAUGGAAAAUGAACAGUACUGGCGAAAAGUACUUGAGCGAGUAGUAGAAGUUGUGAAGUUUUUAGCAGAACGAGGUCUUCCGUUUCGUAGAAGUGAUGAAACUUUUGGUUCCCCGCAGAAUGGUAAUUAUCUUGGAUUAUUAGAGCUACUGGCUAAAUUUGACCCCUUUCUAUCCGAGCAUAUUAACACUCACGGGAACAAAGGAAAAGGUAACACAUCAUAUCUAUCCAAAGAUGUAUGCGAAGAAUUUAUUAAUCUGAUUGGGACUAGAAUGCUUGAUAAAAUAAUCAGCGAAAUUAAGAUGUGCAAAUAUUAUUCAGUCUCAUUAGAUUCAACACCAGAUACAUCAAACGUUGACCAACUUACUUUGAUUGUGCGAUUUGUUUUACCUUCUGGACCAAUCAAAAGAUUUAUUAAGUUUUUAGAAAUGGAAGGCCAUCGUUCUGCACAGCUCGCCGAUAGCUUAUUCGACUUUUUAAAAGAUAGUGGGAUUGAUAUCAAAGAUUGCAGAGGUCAGAGCUAA